UCCCACCCCGGCUAUAAACUGCGCCGCGUCUUGUGCCCACGAUGAAGCGACCUUGCGAGGAAACUACCUCAGACAGCGACAUGGACGAGACUAUAGACGUGGGGAGCGAGAACAACUACUCGGGGCAAAGUAAUAGUUCUGUCAUUCGAUCCAAUUCCCCAACAACAACAUCUCAGAUUAUGGCCAGAAAGAAAAGAAGAGGGAUUAUAGAGAAAAGGCGCCGUGAUCGUAUAAAUAACAGUUUAUCAGAGCUGAGGCGACUUGUGCCAACUGCUUUUGAAAAACAAGGAUCUGCCAAAUUAGAAAAAGCGGAAAUACUGCAAAUGACAGUGGAUCAUCUGAAAAUGCUGCAGGCAACAGGAGGUAAAGGUUAUUUUGACGCUCACUCCCUGGCCAUGGAUUUCAUGAGCAUUGGCUUCCGGGAGUGUCUGACAGAAGUCGCGAGGUACCUGACUUCGGUGGAAGGUCUCGACACAUCCGACCCCCUGCGCGUUAGACUCGUGUCUCACCUCAGCACUUGUGCCUCUCAGAGGGAAGCCGCCGCCAUGACCUCCUCCAUGGCCCACCACCACCACCCCUUGCACCCUCACCACUGGGCAGCCGCCUUUCACCACCUCCCGGCCGCUCUGCUGCAGCCGAACGGACUCCACGCCUCCGAGGCCGCCCCGUGCAGACUCUCCUCGGACGUGCCCCCCCACGGCUCCGCCCUGCUCACCGCCACCUUCGCCCACGCCGACGCCGCCCUCAGAGUCCCCUCCGCUGGCAGCGUCGCUCCCUGUGUGCCCCCUCUCUCUACCUCCCUCUUGUCCCUCUCGGCUACCGUUCACGCCGCGGCAGCGGCAGCCACGGCUGCUGCCCAGAGCUUCCCCCUCUCCUUCACCGGCGCCUUCCCCAUGCUUCCCCCCAGCGCGGCUGCUGCCGCCGUGGCUGCGGCGACGGCCAUCACCCCUCCGUUGGCCGUAUCGGCCACCGCCAGCCCUCAGCAGGCCGGCAGCGGGGGCAGCACGAAACCGUACCGACCCUGGGGGACUGAAGUUGGAGCCUUUUAA